AUGUGGUCUUCUGAGAGGGCAAUUCCAAGAAAAACUUCGGGUGUCUACGAGGUGAAUACUUAUUCAGCAAUAUCUGCUAAAAUCGACUCUCUAUGCCUAGCUACGCGAAGUUUCUCAAAGAUAUUAUAUCAAACAAACAAGCUGGAGGAUCAUGAGACAGUAAUGCUUACGGAGGAAUGCAGUGCCAGAAUCCAGAAAAAGUUCCCACCAAAACUGAAAUAUCCAAAGAGUUUCACUGUCCCUUGCACAAUUGGUGAUUUUUAUUUUGAUAAACCAUUGUGUGAUCUCGGUGCGAGUAUUAACUUGAUGCCACUCUCUAUUUUCAGGAAACUAGGAUUGGGAGAGCCUAAGACAACCACAGUAACUCUACAGUUAGCUGAUCGAUCACUUACACAUCCAUGA